UUUCAUAUUUUUUAUUGGAUUCUUUCCUAAUAUUAAAACUUUCAAACAUCCAGAUCAGAUUAAAAAAAAUAUUCAGUUUAAUGAUGAAUCAAUAUUGAAUUUGACUUACUUUGAUCAGCUAAUUUGGAUUGUUAUUGAUGCAUUUAGAAUAAAUUUUUUAAAUAACAUUACAAUGCCUUUUUUAUAUAAGCAAGUUAAUCUUGACCCUGAUAUUAUGUAUUAUCAUGCAGAAUCUCAAACACCUACAGUUACUAUGCCCAGAAUAAAAGCUUUAACAACAGGUCGAAUCCCUGAUUUUAUAGAUAUCUUGUAUAAUUUUAAAGCUAGAACAUAUCCAGAAGAUAAUAUCUUAAAGGAGAUUAAAGACUCUUUGUCAAUAAUAUUAUUUGGGGAUGAUACUUGGAUAAAAUUAUACCCAUAUAUAUUUGAUUAUAAUAUCUCACAUCCUCUACCCUCAUUUGAUGUAAGUGAUUACAUUAAAAUUGAUAAGGAUCCAGAAUAUUUUUUGUUCAAAAUCCUAAAUCAAUCACAUAUACACAAAAGAAAUUGGGAUGUUUUAAUUACUCAUUUUUUAGGUCUAGACCAUGCUGGCCACCUUUAUGGUCCACAUCACCCUACUACAGAACUUAAAUUAAUGGAAAUGGAUGAAAUGCUUAAAAAAGUGUAUCUUUUCCUGGGUAAGGAAGUCCUAAAUACGUCUAAAACCCUUUUGGUAGUGUGCGGAGAUCAUGGGAUGACUGAUUCGGGUAAUCACGGUGGUGCUAGUCAGGAAGAAAUAUGGACACCCCUCAUUUUCUCACCUUUUUACAACCACGAACUUCUAUCAAAUCGGAAUUCCUUGUACAAAAAUAGCUCUCCAUCUUCACAAAAUAAACACGAUAGUAAGAAUGAUUCAUCGCACGCUUAUAAACAACGGUCCAUGCGGCAAAUCGACUUAGUUCCCACGUUAGCAGCCUUAUUUGGGUGUGGAAUUCCAUCGAAGAGUCUUGGAGUCAUUAAGCUCGAGGUCAUCGAAAAGUUUUUGUUCCAUAAUGACGAAAAUAGUGGAGGAGUCGCUGGAGUUAAAAACAAUGUCUUGAAGAUGUUCGCCAUCAAGAAUUUGUUGCAAUUGGGCUCGUUGACGGAAUUCGUAUACGACGAAAAGGAAUUAACUGCGUUAACGUUAGAACAAGUUAAGGCUCGGCUAACCGAUAUGGAAAAUUUAGUGGGCGAAAGAAUGCGUUCGAUUCAUUACGAUUUAGUUUACAUGACCUGUGGUCUCUUGAUAAUGUUACGAAUCGUUUUUGCAACCAAUAUCACAUUUUUCCCGGAAAAUAUAAGUGGCUAUUUCCAGUUUGCGCGUUAUGUGAUGGCAAUUUUGGCCUUUUUCUACGCCUUAUCGAUGGAAAGUUAUGAUCACAAAUUGGUUGCGUUUUCAUCUCUAUUCAUCUUCGUUUUACUUGAAACCGGGACAAAAAUUUUUAAACCUCGCUCAAACAUGAAGGGGACCAAAAGGCACCUCAAAACACAAAAAUCAACUUGCAAUAUCGGCGCGUUGUCUUUAAUACACGCAUUCCCUAUUGUUCGCGCUUUCAAUUUUGAGUUGUUAGUCAUCUGGAUAUGUUACCUGGUGCCGUUAUCCGAUUUUGCCAGCAGUUUUAUCGAAGAGGAACACCAAAUCUUUUAUUUAUUAAGUGUAACUUGCCACGUUUUGUUAAUAUCUCAAUCAUACUUAGCAAACUCAAGAAGAAAUAACUUGUACACUAGUAUAGGACUCUUAUCUCUUACUCUACUUCAAAGGAGAUGGAAUAGAGCCGGGGACAAGUGGUAUCAUAUCGAAUCAUUAUCAGAUACCCUAUUUAACCAGAUCAAUGUAUAUUCUUUCAUCCCAUCACUCGCUAUGAGACGUAUUUUGGUUAUUUCAAGCGUAAUCUUAAGCGCGUAUUUAAUUGCCCCAGCCAGUUGCUCGGAUCAAAGCGUAUAUGGUUACUAUAACCGGAAAUGGGAAAAAUCAAUCUGUUAUUUGAUAUUUUGUCUUGCUUUCACAGGUUUGAUAGUUUUCAAGAUCGCGUUUGACAUGACUGACGGCGAGGAGAAUAGAUUUAUAGAUAACGUUAAUGAUUAUCCUCUCAUAGAUAAAUACCGGGCAGGGGCCAUUGUCAUUUUGCUCUUAUUCACAAAUUUUGUCCUAAAUAUAUCGAUAGGGAUGAGGAAUCAAUCGCGAAAAGAGUCCUGCAAUUGUGGUAAGAAACAACUUUGGACAGGGCCUUUGAUUUACGAAUUGGGGUGCUGUGUGCGGCAGUUGAGUGUCGCUCUAGCCAUUUUUGUCACCAAGCCGUCACAAAUUCCUCUCAUCGCUAUGUUUUCCCUUCACGAGGCUCUUUUAGAACCUUUUUUUCCUUCUACGAUUGAUGUCCACUUUAAUCGAGGCGUCUAUGGUGCGUUUUUCUAUUUUAUUGUAUGCGGCCGAACUUCAUUCAAUUACUGGGGAAAUUCUAAUAAAUUAAGUUCGUUAGAUCUGAGUCCUAUCGCCAAAAGUGGAUAUUUGUUCGGUCCUUUCUUAAAACGUCAUCUCUCCAUUCUUUGUGAUGCUCUAACCUUAAUAUUCUCUGUGUAUUACGGGCCCAUAUUCUGGUUUUUAUCCUUGCUGAUCAAAAUAUUUGGACAUGACGGAAAUAAAUCAAAAUUAGUAACUUCUCUUAUCCUCCAUACCAGUUAUGUGCAAAAUUCUGUAUUCAUCACCUGUCUUUCCGCCACGAUUCAACGUCAUCACAUUUUCGUAUGGAGUGUUUUCGCUCCAAGAUUGAUCUUCCAAACUGCGAACCUAAUUAUGAACUUUGUUGGAAGCAUCAUAUUUUAUAUUUUUGUAUCAAAUACUAAAAUUCGCGUCGAAUGAAUAGUUGAGUUUUUGAAAUGUAUAAAAUUUAUCAAUGUUUGCCGUUUAAAUUUGAU